CGGUCGAUAAGCGAAUGAGUUCCAAGUCCUCUGAUUUCACUCGAGCGAUGGAUAAGGUUAGGAGUGUUUGAUUUUUGAGUGUUUGAAAGAAGCAUAUCCGGUUCUCAAAUAUGUCGGACGAUUUGGUGGUAACUCUGGAAAAUGGGAAAGUCAAAGGGAAAAUCAGCAAGGAUUAUCACGGAGGGAAAUUUUACAGCUUCAGCGGCAUCCCGUACGCUAAGGCGCCUGUCGGGGAAUUGAGAUUUAGGGACCCGGAGCCUCCGGUACCAUGGGAAGGGAUCAAAGACGGAUCGAAAGAAGGACCGGAGUGUCCUCACAUGUUUAUCGUACCCAAACUUUACGUAGGCAAACAAAACAACUGUCUCAACUUAAACGUCUACACGAAAGAGUUGCCGAAACCGGACGGCAGCUCCUCGAAGAAACCCGUAAUGGUGUUCAUCCACGGCGGCGGUUUCGUCUUCGGUUCGAAUAAAAAAACCCUAUUCGGAGCCCAUUACCUUCUAACAGAAGACAUAGUAUUAGUCAUACCAAAUUACCGAUUAGGAGUUUUAGGUUUCCUCAGUUUGGAGGACAGGUCAUUGAACGUUCCCGGCAACGCGGGCCUCAAAGAUCAAACAAUGGCCCUGAAAUGGGUCCAGAAAAACAUCCACCAUUUCGGAGGCGAUGCCAGCAAUGUCACUGUAUUCGGCCAGAGCGCCGGCGGGGCUUCCGUCCAUUACUUGACCUUAUCCAAACUAACCAAAGGCUUGUUCCACAAAGCCAUCAUUCAAAGCGGGUGCGUCCUGAACCCAUGGGGAAGAGGCAGAAGAAAUGCCGCAGACAUCGCUAAAGGUAUGGGCUACGAAACCAACAUCCCGGAGAAGGAACUCCUGGAGAAGCUCCGUAAAGUUGGUAGCAAGACCAUCGUCAAAGCGCAGAAUAAUCUUGGAGAUGAUAUUAUGGCGAGUACGGUGCGCCCGUUCGGUCCAGUGAUAGAGUAUCCGCACGAGGGAGCUUUCCUGGACGAGGACCCGAUCGAGAUACUAAAAGCCGGUAAAAACCACCAAAUUCCGAUGAUAAUCGGAUACACUUCUUUGGAAGGUUUGCUGUUCGAUAUGAUGAGAAAGGCGAAUCCGAAACUAAAAUUGCCGAAUUCUCUGGAAACCGAUAUCCCGCACGAUUGGAAUAUUCCCCACGAAAGCGAAAAAGCCAAGAAAAUCGCCGAUGAAUUGAAACAGUUUUACUACCAAGAUAAGGAUAUGUCAAUGCAAAAUAUUAACAUUAGAUUUGUUUUAAACAGCGACAAUUUGUUCCUGUACGGCAUCCACCAGACGAUCAAUCUCCUGAAAAAGCACAGCCAAAUACCGAUUUACGUGUACAAAAUGUCGGUGGAAAGCCCGUUGAAUUUCCUGACGAUGUGCUGCCAAUCCAACGGCUUGUUCGCAGUGGGAAUGUACAACAUGUUCAUCAAAUGGUCGGGAAAAUCCUUCAUGACGGACGUCUUCAAGAACAUGCGCAAGAAACUGCUGGUGAAGAGCGUCCACGGAGUCGCCCACGGCGACGAUAUGUUCUACAUUUUACGCAACAGCCUCUCGCCGAAGAUCGUCGAGGGCAGCGACGAGGAUAUUUACAUACAGAGAUUCGUUAAACUUUGGACGAAUUUCGCCCGGGGGUCCGAUCCCACUCCGACGCCUACAGAAUUGUUCAAUUCGGUGAUAUGGAAGCCUAAUGGAAACGAAGAGCCGAUAGACAACGUUCUGAAUAUCGGGAAUACUGUUAGAAUUACUCCGUACGAAGAGCAAGAUCGUUUGUUGUUUUGGGAUAAAUUGCAUCGGGAAAACGCUCGAGUUUAAGAUGAUUUUAUUUAGGUAUCUAGUUUCCAGUGCUCUGCGCUCAAUACAGUUUGUAUCAAAAAUUGUGCAUUGGAAACCGAAGCGGGACAGGCCUAUCGCUUUAUGUUAUUUAUAGUUACCAUAAUUUCUUUCACAUUGAAUGAAAUCGCAGUUAUACAUAAAGAUAUUUUAUUUCGUAUUUACAAACAUGUGUACAUAAUAAGUCUCUAUGAUAUAAAAAAAUACAAAAUAAUAAUCGUUAAAAGUUCCUAUAGUGAUAUGGCCGUUCAUGCUAUCUAAUACGAUAAAAAUUAAAACAAUAAAUAAAUUCGUUUAUUAAAAAAAGUCUCGAACCUGUUGUCUAUAUAAUGUGGAUUAUUAAAUAAUUUAAGGUUCAACCAACUAGAACAUCACUUUCCUUAAUUAAUAUUGUCAGUUUUGUUGGCAACCGAUCUACGAUUCAUUUCGAAUCAAUUUACGCAGAUCGCGUUAUUCUAAUAAAUUGAUUCCUUCGUUUCUAUCAAUCACACUAAUCUUACCAGUUCGCAGCCCGAUAUAUCCAAAGGGAGGUAGGUAGAGUGUUUUGCUUUUACAUUACAUUUGAGUACCUAUAAUAAACUAUUUAUCUUGAUUAGUUACAUAAAGUCAAUAGCAGAGAUGAUUUAUGCACCAGGUGCUAUAAUUAACACAUUUUAUUACACCUUGCGCUCUAAUAGAGGGACUUGAUAUUGUUUAAAAAAAGGGGUAGAAGUAUCCUUUUUGCUGUUUUGUGCAAAGUUAUUUUACCACAAUAUUUUGGUCUGCUUCAUUACAACAAAAUCUAUGCUUAUAUGGUGAAUACUUAACGAGUGUAAAUGGUGCAAUGUUUUAAUUCAACUGUUAAUUGCAACGGUGCAUAAUUAUCUUUCAUCUCCAGUCAAUAUAAAGGUAUGUAAAGAUAUAUAAAGGUAUCUUUUAUAUAGUUGCCGAGUACAUAUUUACAUGAGCAAUAAAUAAAAUUUUUAAUUAAGUUUGUACCUAACUAUAUAGGAAAUUGAAACAGAUUUUUCAGACCAGGCAGCUUGUGCCAGUGGAAAUUUUAACUUACAAAUUGUACGACUAAUAGGAAAAUACUGAAGCGGUUCAGCAUCGCAGAGUCUACCAAAAUUCCUAUUUCCACAACGGUUCUAUCACAUGAAUAAUAAUUUUAAUAAUACUUCAACCGAAUUUAGUAGAGAAAUUGCAAAGACCGCCUUCAACCGCCCUCUCUUCCCUCGCCUACAGAAAUCUCCAGCCGCCUCCCUUCAAAUCAGAUUUAUAUCAAUUCAGCAACGUAAUCAGG